AUGGAGGUUGGCUAUAAGAAUUUAUACCAAUCUUUGGCGUCAUCGCAAGCUAGGCUCAGAUGGAAGAGGUGUAGUCACACAUAUUGGGGCAUGAAGGGGUCUCUUUCACCAUCCCGGUGUCUCAAACUGACCCAAAAAUUGUUGAUUCUCAGCCAUAGCCUGUGUAGGAGGAUCAGAGCUCAACCAGAAGGUUCUAUUGCCGAGGGUUAUAUUCUUGAGGAAACAAUUACCUUUUGCUCUAGAUAUUUAGAAGGCGUAGAAACACUCUUUAAUCGACCACGUCGCAACGAUGAUGAUAAUGAAAAUGGAUCUAGUUAUUUGUUCAAUGCUUGUGGUCGGCCAAUUGGGGAGGUGAAAGUGAUUAAUUUGAACCAUAAGAGCAAGAUGCAAAUACAUCGUUAUGUGCUAACACAAUUUCAAAAAGUACUUCAACCAUUUGAAAGAGAAUUCUUAUCUCAGAAGUAAAGGGAAAAUCAUACAAUUACUGUUACUAAUGAUUUGGUGAUUAAAUGGAAGUUAGAGGAAUUUCCAGAUUGGUUAAAGUUGCAGGUUACCGAUUAUGAAAUUUUAUCAACUAAAUGAAAAUGCUUAUACUUUUUGUUGAUUCAUUCACUUGAGCAAUAUAUUUU